AUGCAGAAGGAGAUUCGUUAUUCGGAGCCAAUAAGCGACUGCGUGGACGGGAUGCAGCUAUCCGAAGACGACUGUUCUUCUGCCAACAAAACUGUCGAAAGCCCACCGCCUGCACCCACGUCUCUUAUACACUUGGCGGUGGAGCAGGGCCAUGUCGGUGUGUUGAGAGCUCUCUUGGAUAACGAUAAUGAAAGACAAAAUUUGAAUGCCGUUGAUGCCAGCAAUCAGACUCCACUCCACAAGGCAUUGGAGAUUGGCCAGUUGGAGGUAGCACGGGUCCUCAUUGAAUAUGGCGCACAGUUGGGGAACAUUGUCGACAGCAACACUAUAUCACCCCUUUGCGUUGCUUAA